AUGGACCACGACCACACCGGCACCACCAACCACCCAGACGCCGCCACCGCCGCCGCCUCCAUGGACGCCGCGAUGCUGCUGGAGCCCAAGUUCGAGAUGGAGCCGCUGCUGCAGCAGCAGCACCUGCCUUCGCCCCACUACGUCGCGCUGAACCACCACCAGCAGCAGCCGCCGCGGCCGCCGCUCUCGUUGGCGGUGCCGCCCUGCGAGCCGCCGCGCCCGCUGGAGGCGCUGCUGCAGGGCCCGCAGCUGCCGCCGUUCCUCUCCAAGACCUACGACCUCGUCACCGACCCGCACCUCGACGGGGUCAUCUCCUGGGGCCGCGCCGGCAACAGCUUCGUCGUAUGGGACCCAUCCACCUUCGCGCGCGACGUGCUACCGCACAACUUCAAGCACAACAACUUCUCAAGCUUCGUCAGGCAGCUCAACACAUAUGGUUUUCGCAAGGUUCAUGCUGACAGAUGGGAGUUUGCCCAUGAGGGAUUUCUUCGGGGCAGCAAACAUCUGCUGAAGACGAUUGUCAGGCGCCGGUCCUCGCCAACGCAACAAAGCAGCCUUCAGCCUGGUUCAUCUAUUUUCAGGAAGACACAGCCUAGUUCUUCCGGUGAAUCCACUCUCGACCCUGAGCUCCAUUCCCUGAGAACAGAGAAGAACGCACUGCUACAGGAGGUGGCCAGGCUGAAGAAGGAGCACAACCAGACGAUUGAGCAUAUGAACACACUGAACCAGAGGCUGGAAACAGCUGAGGGCCGGCAGAAGCAGGUGGUCUCCUUCUUGGCCAAGCUCCUCCAGAACCCAGAUUUCCUGAGGCAACUGAAGAUGCACAGGGAGAGAAGGGAGGAGAUCGACUCCGCCAGAGUGAGGAGGAAGUUCCUGAAGCAUGCACCGCACGGCAGCACGGACUCCGGUGACUCCAGCUCGCCGCGUACUGGAGAGAGUGGUUUGGAGCUCCAUGCAUGCUCCCCUGCACACCCAAUUGCACAUGACGCCAUUGCAGAUCUACAGAACUUUCUUCUGGAAGACACGGACCUCAGCGAUGGCAUGUUGCCAGCCAACUUUGGCAUCGACGGAGUCCAAGCACCGGAGGACAUCGGGGCUAUGGUCCAGGGGUUCGACACGCAAGAUGAACUUGAUCUAGGUGCCAGGGCUGACCUGCUGGGACUACCUCCAUCUUCUGGUACCGCUCAUUGCCAAGAUCCUACAAUUGGCAGGUCCAAGGGAAAGAAUGUGAUGUGUCCAGGAUUGGAUGGUACAUCUUCUGAAACAGAUUGCCUCGUUUCGUUGCCGGACAACAUGGGGAUGGUUUCACGCGCCAUGGCUGGCAACUUGGUCGAUGCAGAUGGUGAGCAAACUUGGGGCGUGGAUGCUUAUUUACAAAGUUCUGGCAGUGGCAGUGGUCAACAAGCCUAUGGUACCCUUGCUAGUGAUCCCUAUCUGAUGGAGAUCGCCAACAGACCUGAGAGAUUCUGGGAGCUCGAUUUUGAAGCACUGGAUGGAGACCUGCACCUGGACAAGUGUGUUAUUGGCGACCCUGCUCUUCAGCAACACAGAGGAAACAUGAAGCCGUAGUAGAUCAAUUGCGACGUAGUCACGUGGAGUAGUAGGUCUGAUGCUUUUUAUCCACCUAUCUAAAUAACUAUAGUUAGCUAUGAGAAAUGCCAUAGUUAUUUGAUAUUUAGGAGGCUAGCAAACUCCUAGAUAUGCUCACUAUGGCGUUAUGGAGUGUAGCAGUAGGAGUACUAGUGUGUUUUUGUUUUC